CUUGCGCAUCGACCCUCCACGGUUUAACGGCGAGGAUUCGGUGGGUUGGAUUCCGGAUACAGCAAUAUUUCGAUUAUUUUACGUUGGCCGAAACUUUUGCGUUAGCGCAAGAACUAGACGCAUGCACGUCGCCAAGGGGCAAGUCAGACGGUCAUGGCAGUCUAACAGCGUGGGCAGUUUUCCCCAGCCGCAGGUUUCUUCCACCGAAAACAGCAGCGCCAAACCAUCCUCUUUGCUGCCCAUUGUUUGCCUUACACCUGCUGAACGCGCCGAGCGUACUUGCAAAGGGUUAUGUUGGAAUUGCGAAGAGAAGUAUGUUCCGGGUCACCAUUGUGCACACAAGUUUUUGGCACUCUUGGGCACCGACGAUGAGGAACCAACGGAUCCUUCUACGCCCGAUGUGCCAGAGGACAAUUCCCUUAUUACGGGGGAUGUCUCGAGUAUCCACACUAUGUUCGGGGUUUCUAAUCCUCGUUCGCUCCGACUUGCGGGAUCUAUUAAGGGGUCAGCGGUUCAUGUACUCAUUGAUGGUGGUAGCACUCAUAAUUUCAUUCACCCGACCCACGCGGAACGUCUGUGCUUAAUUUUGCAUCCGGUAACGCCGUUUCAGGUAUAUGUAGGGAACGGCGAUUCUCUACGCUGUUCCUACUAUUAUCCUAAGAGUCUGUUAAUUUUGCAAGGACAUGAGUUUGACGUUGAUUUGUAUUUGCUUCCGGUUCAUGGUCCCGAUGUAGUGCUUGGCGACCAAUGGUUACAAGGGUUGGGUAAAGUUUCUCACGAUUACUCCACGAUGACCAUGGAAUUCCACCGCAACGACACUUUGGUGGUUUUAAAGGGUGAUGUUCCGGCGCCUAAGUCGCUGUCCUUUUCGGCUUUCCAAGCCCUCACUGCUUCCGAGUCGGAGUUUGAUUUGUACGAGAUCUUUACCAUGCAGGAGACGGAGUCAAACCCGCCAUUGUCCGAAGAUGACCUGCCGACAGUUCCUCCACUGAUCCGCCAGGCCGACCCGUCAAAGUGUGAGGCCAUGGCUGCCUGGCCAGUUCCUUCCACCGUCAAGCAAUUGCGAGGAUUUUUGGGGCUUACCGGCUAUUAUUGGUGUUUCAUUCAGGGGUACGCCACUCUCGCGUCUCCCUUGACCGACCUUCUCAAACAAGGCGCUUUUCACUGGUCACCCGAGGCGAAGUCCGCUUUCCAAACUUUAAAGGAGAGGUUGCCCCUGCGUCGCCUGGUAGUCUGCCGCGUGAUUUUGAGAGGGGCCGGCCGAUUGCAACACCCACAACGGCAGUUGGCGCACGCACGGUUUUGGUGCAUGGCGUGCCCCAAGAACAAUGAGAAAGAAAUGCAUGAAAAUCCCAAGCUCACAAACGCCUUCAAAGAAUCAAAAGAUUUGUCAAGUGAAGAGUUGAGUGAGUCAAGUGAUGAUUCAAGUGACUCAAGCUCAUCUGAAGAAGAAAGUGAUGAAGACAACGAAGACAAGGCCAUGAGAACAAAAUAUACGGAUUCCCUCAAAUGGAAGAAGUAUGUGAAGAGGAAAGACACAUAUUCAAAGCCGAAGAAAGAACAACAUAAGCCAAGAAGGAAGAAGAGAAAGAAACAAACCUAUGGAAUACUUUGUGCGACGGAAAAGGGAGAAAGGAGAGAGAGAGCAGCCGUAGACCAGAGCCGGGAGGAAGGAGUUCGACACCACCGCCGUCUUCCUCUGCCGCCGCCGCGGGGAUCGCCGGAACCAGCACUCAACACCGCUGCCGCUGUCUCGUCUUCUCCGUUUAUCUAAUUUGUCUAAUUCGUCAAUAAAUCGAGGUAACAGGAAUGAUGAAUAAUGAGACGGUCUUGGA